GGCGUUGGCCGCGGGCUGGGCCCGCGGUGGUGAUCGACCACGACGAAGGCCUGAGGGUGGACAGCUCCGCCAGGACGGGUCUCGCGAUGGCGAGCACGACUACGCAGAAUGGGACGUAUCAGAUUUGGUCGCUGAAGGACAUCAGAAGCCGUGAGAGCUUCAAUGGCGGCCAGGAUGAGUUUGAGAGUUCCUUUUGCACCUUGGAGGCAGAGGUGACUGAGAUGGGGUGGAAGUCACUCUAUGACGCUGCGGUGGGCCAUGCGGGUCCGAUAGCUGCAGAAGACAUCCAGAACGCGGAGACGCUGGAGCUGAGCAGGAACUUGAGCACGUUCCUGGCGAUGAAGAUGCGCGGGGAAGCGCAGACGAUGACUAAGUUGGCUGGUGCUGGCAAUGGGUUCGAGGCUCUUCGGCAGAUCUAUGCUGACUACCGCCCGAGUGGCGGCGCGUCGGAGCACAGCCUGCUGACGACGAUCGUGCAGCCGAAGUGGUGGACGAGUGAUGAUCACUCGAGGCGAAGCUUCGCGGAGGUGCUGCACGACUGGGAUCAUCUCGUUACUCAGUAUGAGUUGGCGAGCCACGACGCGAUCAGCGACAGGCUCAAGUGUGCGACCAUCUUGGGCUACGCGCCGCUGCCGAUCAGGAAGGUGCUCGACGGAGCCAGCCAGGAGGUCAGAGAGAACUAUGCGGUGAUGCGGACAAGGAUUCGUGAGCACUGCAUGGAGAGAAACGCCAACGCUUUCGUCCCCAGGCCACCUGAGGCGGGAGGAGGAGGCCAGGCGCCGAUGCAGGUGGAUGCGGUCGGCCAGGUUGACGCGACCGGGUUCGUCAAGCCGCGCUGCAACCUCUGCAAGAAGCUCGGCCACACUGCCGACAGGUGCUGGUUCAAGGGCAAAGGUGGCGCCAAGGGUGACUCCAAGGGUGGCAAAGGUGAUGGCGGCAAGGGUGGAUCGAAGGGCGGACGAGGUGGCAACGCGCCGCCGAGUGACAAGGAUAAGACAUGCCACUACUGCAAGAAGAAAGGGCACAUCAAGAUCAACUGCUUCAAGUUCAAGAAAGAUCAGGAGGACAGAAAGAAGGGCACUGUCAGCAUUGUCGAGAAGGAGGCCGCCGAAGUCAACGUGAUGGUCGUGCCCAGCGAAGACGACUCUGACGAGUGCGGCUUCUGCAUGGCGCUGGAGGGCGACUACGUCGACCAUGACUCGGACGGGCACCAGGUGGACAUCGUCGACCACGACUCAGACGGGCACCAGGUGGACUACGUCGACCACGAGUCGAACGGGCACCAGGUGGGCUACGACGGCUGCGAGAGCUUCGGAGACCAGCUGGAGGACGAGUUCGCGUGCCACGCCUGCGACGACACGAUCAUCGUGGCCAUUGGCGACGGGGCCAAGCUCAAGGAGUACGAUGUUGACGACUCUCUGAUGCUGGAUGGUGGCGCUGACGAGCACUGUGCACGACGAAGCUUUGCGAGACAUAGCGCAGUGGAGCCUGCGUCGACCAAGCUGAUCGCCGCCCAGAAGCAGAAGAUCUCUCUUGAUGGUGAGGCCAUGGUUCCCUUCACGAUGGGGGGUCGAGUGGUUUGCAAGGCCAACUUCAAGGUCGGCCCCUUCGCUCGGAACCUACUCGGCACUGGCAGAGUCUAUGAUGCAGGUUUUGACGUGGUCUACUCGCACAACGACGGGUGCUACGUUGGUUACUCCAAGCCUGACGGGGGGUAUGUCAAGAUCCCGAUGGCGCGGAGAAAGAACGCGUUCGGGGUCCCUGCCAGCGUGCGCAAGGACCUCGAGGACGCCAAGGAUGUGGUCAAGGAGACCAAGCGGAUGCUAGGCCGCUAUCCCGACCAGCAGUCGGGCAUCGUCGCCGCCAACGAGGACGCGGUGAUGAAGGGCGAGGGGGCCGUCCAGGCUGAUGAAGCUGCAGCGCCUGUGCCUAUGGCAGAGGGUGCUGGGUCGGCUUCGUCGGGGUCUGGAGGUGGCGCCCCCACCUCGUCCCCACCGGCGGCAGCCAGCCCGCCUGGGGGCCAGCCAGGGCCAGGGGCGGCCCCCCGCCCUGUGAGGGACCCUGAGGGAGCAGAGCUCGGGUCAGGUUCUCGAGUCGACCUGCUCCGACAGCGUUUGAAGGAGCUCGGGGCCGCGAUCUACGGCACGAAGGAGCAGCUGUGGGCGAGGCUCAAGCAUGCUGAGCUCAAGCACAAGCAGGACUUUGACUUCAAGAAGGUCGUCGAGGCUCCCUACGCCCCAACGGAGGUUGAGAAGGAGCAACACGAGGCUGCUGGUCACGCGGUGAUCAAGAAGUGGUGCCCGGCGCGCGUGUUCGGACUGGGGCCCGAGGGCCCGCGCGUCAAGCAGCCCGUGUACGGCGGCAAUGUCAGAGAGGAGCUGAUUUUCUUCGACUGGGCCUUCAACGGCACUAAGGACACGGACAAUCUCUGCGACGAGGCCGACAAGGGUCUCGGGACAUCUCUUGUGGCUGCAGACCGCAGCACUGGUCUGCUCUACGGCAGCGCGCUGGGGAGCAAGGCCGCAGACGAUCACGCCGUGAAGCAGCUCAUGGGGUUCAUGAAGCAGCUCGCGUACCAGAAGCCAGAGUUCAGGUGCGACACUGAGCCUGCGGUGAAGGCUCUCCAGGAUAAGGUCGUGAAUGCGAGGAACGAGGAGAACCUGGAGACCAGAGUUUCGCAGGGUCGCACGCAGGAUAGCAAGUCGAUGGGCUUCAUCGAGACGCGGAUCCGCUGGUGGCGAGGCCGCUUGAAGGCCAAUAGGAUGCAGGUGGAGAUGAACUACGGUAUCAAGCUCACGCCGCGCUCCCCUUUCUGGCCGUUCCUCGCCCACCACGCUGCAAACGCGACGAACUGGUACUCGCGAGGUGCUGACGGCUACGCGGCUCACUUCGCGGUCUACGGCGUGAACUACACUCGAGCAGUGGUUCCCUUUGUUGAGACGGUGAUGGCAAGGGUUCCAGUCAGCAAGACGGGCCAGCGACGUUCGAUGGGAGGUUUGGUUCCCAGGCUGACCAAGGCGGACACUGCCUGGGUCAAGGGGAUCCGGGUCGGCAAGACGACCAACAACGACGAGCACAUCAUCCUGGAUUGCUGGCAAGGUGACCUGCAGGAGCUCCUCCUGAAGGUCUGUGGCGAGCCCUGGAGGGAGAAGGUCGCGCACAUGCCUCGGUCCCUCGUCAUGGGCGGCGGCAGGGGCGAGGUCGUGCCGACGCCGCUGGAGGCCGUGGGCACGGAGGCCGAGGGGGCAGCUCCAGGCGGGAAGCUCUGCAGGAGCUGGCGGAAGCUCGGGGAGUGGACCAAGAGGGGACGCUACGGGGACCCAAUCGUCGGGGCCAUCGAGGACAUCAGCGAGACGCUGGACUACAAGGCCCUCCUGACGGCCAAGGAGCUCACGCACUGGGACAGCAGCGGCUUCCCCCAGGAGGAGGCGGCUGAGGCGCUCGACAAGGGCUUGAAGCUCUGCGAUGAGUUCGGCAUCUACUCAGUUCAUCCUCGAGCGGCCUCCGACGGCAAGAAGCAGGUUGAUACCAAGUGGGAGAAGAAGGACCGAGCUGGGGUUCUUAAGUACAGGUUGGUGGGCAGGGAGUUUGCCUGGCUCGAGGGGCGUGGUGAUCUUUGCGCUCCUGGGUCGACGUCCCUGACUAGCCGCAUCAUUGACUUCCUCAGCCAGAAGGACGAUGAUGAUCCAGAUGAUCGGCUCGUGGUUGCGGUUGGCGACGUCUCGAGUGCGUACUAUCAGGUUCCUGAGAAGGAGGAGUUCUACUGCGACCCGCCGCCUGAGUGGCUAGCUGCAAGGGCCAAGGCUGGCCUUAGCACGGACGUGGUCUGGAAGCUCGAGAAGCAGCUGCCUGGCAGGAGAGCUGCGAGCAGGGAGUGGAUCAGCUUCGCGGCUGAGCGCCUCCUGGGGUGCGGCUUCGAGCGCAACGAGGCCUGCCCGCAGUUCUACCGCAAGCCGAUGGCGAGGCUGGGCCUGGAGCUGCACAUGGACGACUUCUACUGCACGGGCCGCAAGAGCGAGGUCGAGAGCUUCCUUCCGAUGAUCAGGGCCAAGCUGAAGUUGAAGGACAGCGACGUCGUCACCGAGGGCCGCUUUGAGUACCUCACGCGGAAGCACGCCCUCAACAUCAUCACGGAGCUAGGGCUGAAGGGUGCGAAUCCAGUCAAGACUCCAGACUUGGGAUCGGAAGAGGUCCUGGAGCACUCCCCGCCACUCGUCGACAAGCAGAUCGCGAGGUAUCGUUCGCGUGUGGGGAGUGGCCUCUACCUGGCGCAAGAUCGCACCGACAUCCAGCGGGCCGUGGGGAUGCUGGCAUCCGGCCUGGCGGCGCCUACGGAGCUCUCUUGGAAAAGGGGUUUCUCCGACAGCGACCACGGAGGCAAGGAGGCGAAGCGCAAGAGCACGACCUGUGGGGUUAUGUUUGCUGAUGGUGUGGCGUUGGCGACGCUAGUGAGGAGGCAGGACUUGAUUGCAGUGAGUUCUGGAGAGAGCGAGUUCUACGCGCUGAGCACUGUGGCCGUGGACAGCACGAUGCUCAGGGAUCUGCUCACAUGGUUCGGGUUUCGUGUCGAGUGGACCUUGGGGGCCGACUCUUCAGCAGCUCGCGCGAUGUCUUUGAGGCAGGGCGUCGGGGAGGUCCACCACCUGGACACGCGGGCACUCUGGGCCCAGCAGGCUACGCGCAUGCUUGGGCUGAAGGUGCUGAAGUGCAAGAGUACCGAGAAUCCCAGUGACAUUGGGACGAAGCCACGCACGUCCGAGGUUCAUGAGCAGCUCUGCAAGCAAGUGGGACUACGCCGACUCAACGGAGAUUUGGGAGCUGUUCGUGAGGUCGAGGUUAACGCUGUGAUCGAGAAGCUGGGGCGGGCAGCUCGUGGCACGCAGUGCGGCACCGAUGAUGACAACCGCGACUUCAUGAUCGUGCCCGUGAUGCUGCUGCUCAGCUGGGUUUUCACCUUUGUGCUGGGCUUCCUGACGGCAAUCUGGGCACUGUGGGGGCGCAUUGCCCCUGCGCCUCAGGCGUCCAGGGCGAGCUCCAAAUCAGGGGGAGAGUGCGACCCAGAGGUCAUGGCGAAGAUGAUGAACGGGAGCUGGGUGUCCCAUCUGCCUGAGGCCGACAGGGUGGUGCAUCAGAGCAGGCGGUGCCGAGCUCUCGAGGGAGUUCUCUACGUGGAGCGGCGCCUGGUGGCGCGCCGCAGGUGUGAGGUGUGCUUCGCGAAGAAGCAU